CGCAGCGAUCGCGGAAGAAACGGACCGAGCUGAACGGACACCUAUCGGCUGGAACCGCGUUUCUCGUGUCAGCAUUCUCAGGCGUGCACGAAUGGCUAUUCAGCCUGCCGAAUCCCCUACCAAACCGAACGGAACGUGCCUGUCCCCUGCUCGUUUACACCGCCGAAGCGUGUUCUCAACCCACGGAGCAGGAGGCGUAGCAGGCUCGAGCCGAGCAGAAUCGAAUCAGUGUACUGUCUGUCGGGUGAGAGCACGCUCGCAUCGGAGACGACGGUCUUUGUGUUGAUCGGCAGGAUGACGCUCGAGCACGCGGCCACCGUCUGCGGAAACGCGAAAAGAGCCUUCCUCUUGCUCGAGGACGGAUCCGUGUUCCCGGGAAAACAUUUCGGCGCGGAAAUAUCGGUCGACGGCGAGGUCGUCUUCCAGACCGGUAUGAUGGGUUACCCGGAGUCGCUCACAGAUCCUUCCUACCACGCGCAAAUCCUAGUGCUCACGUACCCGCUCGUCGGGAAUUACGGCGUGUUUGGCAACGAGGUCGACGAUCACAGGAUCCCGCUCUGGUUCGAAUCGCAUCGGAUCUGGGCGACCGCCCUCGUGGUCGGCGAGAUCUGCGCGACCCCGAGCCAUUGGCGGCAAACGAAAACGUUGUCCGAGUGGAUGGUGGAACAAAACGUGCCCGGGAUUUACGAGAUCGACACCAGAGCCCUGACCAAGGUUAUCCGCGAGAAGGGCACGAUAUUGGGCAAGAUUGUCUUCGACGCGCCGCCCUCGAAUCUCACGGCACCUCUCUGUAUACCAGAUCCCAACAAGAGAAAUCUCGUGGCGGAAGUUGCUCAGUCCGAGAAGAGAACGUAUAAUCCGGGCGGUCAUCCUCGCGUGUGCGUGGUCGACUGCGGACUCAAGUACAAUCAAUUGAGAUGUUUGAUCCGACGAGGAGCACGCGUAGACGUCGUUCCAUGGAAUUACGACUUUACCAAAGCGGAGUACGACGGUCUGUUCCUCAGCAACGGGCCCGGCGACCCGAACACUUGCGACGUAACGAUCAAGAACCUCCGAUCGGUUCUCCAGUCGCGGACGACGAAACCGAUUUUCGGCAUAUGCCUGGGCCAUCAGUUGCUCUGCAUCGCCGCCGGUUGCGUCACGUACAAGAUGAAUUACGGGAAUCGUGGACACAAUCAGCCGGUCACGCACCACGGCACCGGCCGCUGUUACAUGACGUCGCAGAACCACGGUUUCGCCGUCGACGCCACUAAGUUACCAGAAUUUUGGGAACCGCUGUUCACAAACGCCAACGACCAGAGCAACGAAGGCGUCCUGCACACGACACUGCCGUACUUCUCGGUGCAGUUCCACCCGGAGCACGUCGCCGGCCCCGAAGACUUGGAAUGCUUGUUCGACGUGUUCCUGGACGCGAUGAAGUGCGAGAUCGGCGGCGACGCGUCGUCCAACAACGAGCGAUUAUCCAUCAAGGAGAAAUUGACGGAGAAGUUGAGCUACCGUCCACCGGCUCCCAUCGCCUCGGCGCGCCCGAAGAAGGUGCUGAUCCUCGGCUCGGGCGGUCUGAGCAUAGGCCAAGCCGGCGAGUUCGAUUACUCCGGCUCGCAGGCGAUCAAAGCGCUGCGAGAGGAACGCGUGCAGACGCUUCUGAUCAAUCCGAACAUCGCGACCGUGCAGACGUCGAAAGGCAUGGCGGAUAAAGUGUACUUCCUUCCGAUCACGCCCGAGUACGUGGAGCAGGUGAUACGAUCCGAGAGGCCGGACGGCGUGCUCUUAACAUUCGGCGGGCAGACUGCGCUCAACUGCGGCGUCGAACUCGAUAAGAACGGGGUCUUCGCAAACUAUAACGUGAAGGUCUUGGGAACGCCUAUACAGCCUAUCAUAGAGACGGAGGACAGGAAGAUAUUUGCCCAACGCAUCAGCGAAAUCGGCGAGAAAGUCGCGCCGAGCGCCGCGGUCUGUUCGAUUCAAGAGGCGUUGGAGGCUGCCGAGAAGCUGGGCUACCCGGUCAUGGCCAGAGCGGCGUUCUCUCUGGGCGGACUGGGCUCCGGAUUCGCGAACACCAAAGAAGAGCUGAAGAUACUGGCGCAGCACGCGUUCGCCCACUCGAAUCAGUUGAUCGUCGACAAAUCGCUGAAAGGGUGGAAGGAAGUCGAGUACGAGGUUGUACGCGACGCGUACGACAACUGCAUCACCGUCUGCAACAUGGAGAACGUGGAUCCUCUCGGGAUCCAUACCGGGGAAUCGAUAGUGGUCGCACCGAGCCAGACCUUGUCCAACAAGGAGUACAACAUGCUCCGAACGACGGCGAUCAACGUGAUCAGGCAGUUCGGCAUCGUCGGCGAGUGCAACAUUCAGUACGCGCUGAAUCCGAACUCCGAGGAGUAUUACAUCAUCGAGGUGAACGCCAGGUUGUCACGGAGUUCGGCGCUGGCGAGCAAAGCGACCGGCUAUCCGCUCGCUUACGUCGCCGCCAAACUGGCCCUGGGCAUCCCGUUGCCGGAGAUCCACAACUCCGUCACGGGCAAAACCACCGCCUGCUUCGAGCCGAGUCUCGACUACUGCGUCGUCAAGAUACCGCGAUGGGACCUGGGCAAAUUUCACCGAGUUAGCACCAAGAUCGGCAGCUCGAUGAAGAGCGUGGGAGAGGCGAUGGCUAUCGGCCGGAAGUUCGAGGAAGCCUUCCAGAAAGCUUUGCGAAUGGUCGACGAGACCAUCAACGGCUUCGACCCGUACCUGAAGACACCGAACAAAGAGGAGCUGGAGAAGCCGACCGACAAGAGGAUGUUCGUGCUGGCCGCCUCCAUAAAAGCCGGCUACACGAUCGACCAGUUGUACGAGCUGACGAAGAUCGACCGGUGGUUCCUCCACAAGAUGAAGAACAUCAUCGACUACUACUUGGUCUUGGAGAACGUGGACCACACGAAGCUGUCGCACGACGUGCUGCUGCGCGCGAAGCAGAUCGGCUUCUCGGACAAGCAGAUCGCCGCCGUGGUCAAGAGCUCGGAGCUAGCGGUUCGGAUACAACGGCAGGAGGGCAAUAUUCGGCCGAUGGUGAAGCAGAUAGACACGGUGGCGGCCGAGUGGCCGGCUACCACGAAUUAUCUUUAUCUGACGUACAACGGGACCGCGCACGACGUCGAUUUUCCCGGCGGUUACACGAUGGUGAUCGGUUCCGGAGUGUAUCGAAUCGGUAGCUCGGUAGAGUUCGAUUGGUGCGCGGUCAGCUGUCUGCGCGAGCUGCGUAAACUCGGCAAGAAAACGAUCAUGGUCAACUAUAAUCCGGAGACGGUCAGCACCGACUACGACAUGAGCGAUCGCUUGUACUUCGAGGAGAUAUCGUUCGAGGUCGUGAUGGACAUUUACGACCGCGAGUGCCCCGAGGGAAUUAUUCUGUCGAUGGGCGGCCAGCUGCCGAACAACAUCGCCAUGGAUCUUCACAGGCAGCAGGCUAGAAUCCUUGGCACCUCCCCCGAGUCCGUGGACGGCGCCGAAAAUCGGUUCAAGUUCUCCCGCAUGCUGGACGGCAUUGGUAUAUCGCAGCCUAGAUGGAAGGAACUGACCAAUCUGCCGUCCGCCAUCGAGUUCUGCGACGAGGUCGGCUAUCCGUGCCUGGUGCGGCCGUCCUACGUGCUGAGCGGAGCCGCGAUGAACGUGGCCCAUUCGAACAACGACCUGGAGUCGUACCUGAAGAACGCGAGCGAGGUAAACAAGGAGCAUCCUGUGGUUAUAUCGAAGUUUAUCCUCGAGGCGAAGGAGAUAGACGUCGACGCGAUCGCCUACGAAGGGGUGAUCCUUUGCAUGGCCGUGUCGGAGCACGUGGAGAACGCUGGAGUGCAUUCCGGAGAUGCAACCCUUGUCACUCCGCCGCAAGAUAUCAACGCCGAGACGCUGACCAAGAUCAAAAUGAUAUCGAAAGCGGUGGCCGCGUCGCUCUGCGUCACCGGUCCCUUUAACAUGCAACUGAUCGCCAAGGACAACGAGCUCAAAGUGAUCGAAUGCAACGUUCGAGUGUCGAGGUCGUUCCCCUUCGUCUCGAAGACUCUUGAUCACGACUUCGUGGCAAUGGCCACGCGAUUGAUAGUCGGCGAGCACGUCGAUCCCGUGGACGUUCUCGCAGGAUGCGGCAAAGUCGGCGUCAAAGUGCCUCAGUUCUCUUUCUCCAGACUGGCCGGCGCCGACGUGAUGCUGGGUGUCGAGAUGGUGUCUACGGGAGAGGUAGCCUGUUUCGGCGACAAUCGGUACGAGGCAUAUCUGAAAGGAAUGAUGAGCACCGGCUUUCAUAUACCGCGGAAAGGGAUCUUGCUGUCGAUAGGAAGCUUCAAGCACAAAAUGGAGUUGCUGCCGUCUAUCUACAGCCUGCGCAAGAUGGGAUACAAGCUGUACGCCAGCAUGGGGACCGCGGACUUCUACACCGAGCACGGAGUCGAGGUGGAACCGGUGCAAUGGACCUUCGAGAACAUCAGCAUGAACGAGGACUCGAGCCCGAGCGAGCUCUGCUACCUCGCAGAUUUCCUGUCGAAGAAACAGUUCGAUCUCAUAAUCAAUUUACCGAUGCGAAACGGGGGCGCGAGACGCGUCUCGAACUUCAUGACCCACGGAUAUCGCACGAGAAGGCUCGCCGUCGAUUAUUCCGUACCGUUGAUCACCGACGUUAAAUGCGUGAAACUGCUCGUCGAAGCCAUCAGGAUGCUCGGUGGCCGAGCACCUCGCAUGAAGACCCACACGGAUUGCAUGUCCUCCCGGACGUUGAUCAAACUCCCCGGCUUGAUCGACGUGCACGUGCACACGCGUGAUCCUGGCGCGGUUCACAAGGAGGACUUCUCUUCGUGCACCGCCGCAGCCCUCGCAGGAGGCAUCACUACGAUUUUCGCGAUGCCCAACACGAAUCCGGCGGUCGUCGACCAUCAAUCCUUCACGUUGGCCAAGGAGCGAGCCGUGACCAACGCCAGAUGCGACUACGCGAUCUUCCUCGGCGCCUCAUCCGAGAAUUACAAUAUCACGCCGGAAUUGGCGCCGCUCGCAGCCGGCCUGAAAAUGUAUUUGAACGAGACAUUCACGACGCUCCGAUUACCUGAUCUCACCGUGUGGAUCAAGCACUUUCAAAGCUGGCCAAAGAAGUAUCCUCUCUGCGUGCACGCCGAGGGCCAAACGACAGCCGCGGUUCUGCUGCUUGCUGGACUGCACAGUCGGCCGAUUCACGUGUGCCACGUGGCCCGGAAGGAGGAAAUACAAAUAAUAAAAGCGGCUAAGGAAAAGGGCAUGCCGGUAACCUGCGAGGUGUGUCCCCAUCAUUUAUUCCUGACCCAGGACGAUCUGCCGAAAAUCGGCUAUGACCGAGGCCAAGUGAGGCCGAUGUUAGGGACCAAGGAGGACCAGCAGGCCCUCUGGGACAAUUUGGAUGUGAUCGAUUGCUUCGCGACCGACCACGCCCCGCACACGGUGCAAGAAAAGUCCGGCGAGAAACCGCCGCCCGGAUUUCCCGGCCUCGAGACCAUGCUUCCGCUUCUGCUGACCGCCGUCCACGACGGGAAAUUGACGUUAGAGGACUUGGUGGAGAAGCUCUAUAAAAAUCCGAAAAGGAUCUUCAACAUACCGGACCAGCCGAACACCUACAUCGAGGUCGACGUGGACGACUCGUGGGUGAUACCGGAAGCCAUGCCGUUGACAAAGUCGAAAUGGACGCCGUUCGCAGGGAUGAGGGUGCGCGGAUCGGUUCACAGGGUGAUUCUCAGGGGGGAGGUGGCUUACGUCGAGGGACAGGUCCUGGUGAAUCCAGGCUUCGGGCAGGACAUCAGAGAGAUUCAGGCGAGAAUGAAGAGCCUAACUCUGAUGACCACGCCUAUGGUCAUCGAUGUCACCAGCCGCCCCAAUUCGGCACUCGACGGUCUACUGUCCCCGAGCCCCAACAAGCCCGCCUAUGGCGAGCGCAACGCGGACACGUCGGAGGAGGAACAAAACGAGUUGUUCGCGCAUUUGCUACAACCGGCGCUGCACAAGUCGAACGUUCACUUCGUGGAGUCGCGGGAGCUCGUGAAGGUUCCGACGACCCAGCGGACGAUCUCGCCCCUUCCGAUGAGCAGCGCGAUGAAGUACAAGAGCGACAGCAACUCGAACCUCAGCGUGACGCCAAUGUCCACGGUGCUUUCCGUCCACACCAGCCACAGCCUGAGCGGACACAACAUCUUGACCGUGGACAUAUUCGACAAGGAGAUCCUGAAGGAUCUCUUUUACAUCGCGGAGGUCCUGAGGAACGCGAUCAGGAAGGAGCGAUCCGUCGAUCACAUCCUGCGAGGAAAGAUAAUGGCUUCGAUCUUCUACGAAGUUAGCACGAGAACGUCUUGCAGCUUCGCGGCGGCGAUGUUGCGGCUGGGCGGCCGGGUGAUCUACAUGGACGGAUCCACGUCGUCCGUCAAGAAGGGGGAGACCCUGGAAGAUUCGGUGACGGUGAUGGCUGGAUACGCGGACGUGGUGGUUCUUCGGCAUCCCGAACCGGGCGCAGUGUUUAAAGCCGCGCAGCACUGUAGGAAACCGCUGCUGAACGCCGGCGACGGGGUCGGCGAGCACCCGACGCAAGCUCUGCUCGACAUCUUCACGAUACGAGACGAGAUCGGGACAGUGAACGGACUCACAAUCACCAUGGUCGGCGACUUGAAGCAUGGCAGAACGGUGCACUCGUUGGCAAGGUUGUUGACACUGUACAACGUGGAGCUUCGCUACGUCAGCCCACCUGGCCUCAGCAUGCCGGACCACGUGAUGGACUACGUGGCGAAACGAAGGAUCCCUCAGGAGAAGUUCUCCACCCUGGAGCAGGCCCUGCCAGACACCGACGUCCUCUACAUGACUCGUAUCCAGAAGGAACGGUUCGCCUCGCAGGAGGAAUAUCAACAGGUCUGCGGACACUUCGUGAUAACGCCGCAGCUGAUGUCACGCGCCAAGAGGAAAAUGAUAGUGAUGCACCCGUUGCCGCGCGUUUUCGAGAUCAGCCCGGAAUUCGACACGGAUCCUCGAGCCGCCUACUUUCGGCAAGCCGAGAACGGCGUCUACGUUCGAAUGGCUCUCCUGGAGAUGGUCCUUAGACGUCAGUGAUGCCUCGAGGCAGCGAAAGGGCGACGGGGCGUGGGCGCGGAGUGGCAUCGUUUCAGGAGCAAAAUCGACUGCGCAAGAGCGAUACGAAAUCGUAUUCGAUCGUACUCGAUCCUGUUUCCAAUUAGUCUGUGAUUCGUGUACAAUGUAUUUUAUAUUCGACCAAAGGGAACAACGAGCAACGCGAUAUAUAUGUAUAUUCGUCGCAUUCGGCGGCUAGGAAAUUUCCGUACACCUUUUGGAAUGCGAUCAUGUUCUUUGAAACCGCGCUGAAUGCCUCGAAUUCUUUCUGGACGAUAGAAGGACCAGUCUAGCAGACAGCGACUGAAAUACAUUUACUUAGUUUUUUUUUUAACAUUUUUGAUCCGAGCCUAGAACGAGAAUUUCAAAAUGUCUUCCGUAGACGUUCGCGGUAACUUAUAUGCGUGCCGAACAUUUGAUCGGUAACGGUUAACCUUUUGUGGUGAAAAUCGUGACUGAACUGCGUUUUCUGCGAUCACUAGUUUCCUGUAACACGUAACAACGCCAGUCGAUUUCGUCAAAUUAUCAGCACGCAUUUUUUCAAUUUUCGUUACAGAUGAAAAGAAAGAUUAAAAAACGUGCGGUUUCUAUCUAUCGGUGUUAUUGCAAGCGACAGCAAAAUCGGAGGAAAGUAUGUUAAUCGUUGGCUGGUAGAGCCGAGAGUCCUUCUAUCGUCUAAAAAAUAGUUCGAGACCGUUGGUCCAGCUUUCAAAAAUGCGAUCGCGUUUCGCGAAAGGUGUACGAAGACUUUCGCGGCCGAGUGUGCAUUUCCGAUGCAACAGAGCAAUAUUUCUACCGAACAUUCCACGUGCAACAAUAUACCGAUACCACUUCGAUAACCCCCUUCGUAUCAUCCGCGAAGCCGCGAACGCGAACUUCCUAUUUACGAAGAAACGCCGACGAUUUUACGAUGCGAGAGAUAAGAGCAGCCUCUCGGCUCCUUCCUUCCAUAGUGCCUGUAAAUGAAAACGAAGAAACGAUCGUGUGCCAGGUAAUAAAAUAUUUACUUUCGGGCAAAACAUCGCGUAUAUACAUUCUCUCUUUACCUAUGUACAUGUUGCGUGUAGAACGAAGCGUGGUGCAUCGAUGGAAAAACCCGAAUGUAACGCGAAUGCAGGUUCCCUGUUCGAUGUGCCUAGCUUAGAUGCCCCGGUUACCGUGCCCCCGGAUUAAAAACGUAUUAAAAAAAGAGAACAUUUAUACACAAA